AUGCCGCCCAGUAGGCAAGAGCUAGAGGCGAUUCUGCAGAUACCGAAUGAUCUUGCGGAGCUCUAUCCAUCGGAAAUUCGUUGGCGCGACCGACAGAUCUUCCUUCAAUCGAAAGGUUACCUGCUCCGGCCCCGUCUGCGUCCUGGGUGGACUCCGUCAUGGCUCAGUAACGGGAAGCACCCUAUGAAGUGCGAGGAUGGCAUUGCUCUACCGGCACGCGCCAAUCUCGUAGAUGCGACUCGCGUGUCUGACGGCAAGUUGGUAUACAUCAAACGCGUGCCAACAGGCGGCCUCGAACCGUCAAUUGCCACUGCACUAUCCUCCGAGGACAUGCGUCUCGACUCUCGGAACCAUUCUGUCCCUGUUCUUGAUCUCUUCGUUGACGAAGAGAAUCCCGAAACAUCGUAUAUGGUCAUGCCAUUUCUUCGAUACUUCAACUCACCCGAGUUUCGGACUGUGGGAGAUGUCGUGGAUUUCGUCGACCAGAUCUUGGAGGGAUUGGUCUUCAUGCACGAGCAGGGUGUCGCGCACCGAGACUGCUCCAUGCCCAACAUUCUGAUGGACGCCGAGAGUCUCUUUCCUCGCGGCUUUCACCCUGUUCAUACUUCGUUAUUACCAGAUGCCAAAUCUCCUGCGUGGCCACUAACGCGCUCGCAAAUAGGUGUGCGAUACUACUAUGUUGACUAUGGCAUCUCGUCGUACUUUCCCGUGGGUCAAGCUCGUCAGCUUGUGACGGGAGACCUCGGAAGGGAUCAAGAGGUGCCUGAACUGUCCGAAAACAUUCCUUACGAUCCUUUCCCUGUGGACGUGUACACCAUCGGGCAUCUUCUGAAAGCUGAGAUAUACGAGAGAUACUCCAAUGUCGACUUUCUUGAUGAAAUAGUCGUAUCCGGCAUGCAGCGCGACCCUCAAAACCGCCCAACGGCGGCCGAGCUAUUCAGAUUGUGGAACACACACCGGAUCCGCAUAUCAGCGCUACACAGGUCGUGGAGGCUAAAGGACCGUUCAGAAUCUGUCGUGGAGGGAGCAGUAUGGGACUGCAUUGGCAUAGUAGGCGCUGCCUUCACACUCGUCGGCUAUCUGGCGCGUAGAUAG